GAACCCACCCCCGCCCCCUCCCCGUCUCCCUGGACUUGGACGACUCCGAUCACUCGGCCCCGCCCGCCUCCGCCUCCGGUCGUCGCCCUCCCCAGCGGCGCCUCCCCGGGAUCUCUCCGCCGCAGGCCACUUCCUCUGUUCCCCAUGGCCUGGCGACUGGCCAUCUCCAAGGUUGCCAGGCAUCGGUCAGCAAAUGCCAUUUGCAGUCAGCUACCGGCAACCUUUCCUUUCAGGGCACCCAGGAGCGAUACCGGAGCAGGCAGCGUGCUUAGAAAUUUGCACAAGAGGUACCGCUCAAGCUAUGCCAGUAGCUUUCCACGCUGGAUACGGGACCUGGACUCACCUAGUGAAGCUUCUCUGCUUAAAGAGAUUUAUAGAAGUGACCCAGAAAGAGUUGUACAAAUCUUUGAAAGGCACCCUUCAUUGCAUUCCAACUCGUCGGCUCUUUCUGAGUAUAUCAAAGCUCUUGUCAGUCUUGACAGACUAGAGGAUAGCCUCCUGCUUAAAACAAUGCAGAGAGGACUGGCUAGUUCAGUAAUGGAUGAAGAAAGGCGUACUGGUCUUGCUGCAAUUGCAAGUGUUGGUCGUCAGACUAAAGAUGGAGCUCUUGGUACCGCAAAUGCACCUAUUCACAUGGUUACCGCAGAAACUGGUCAAUUUAAGGAGCAGCUUUGGAAAACCUUCCGAAGCAUUGCACUUACUUUCAUUGUAAUCUCUGGCAUUGGAGCUCUCAUUGAAGACAGAGGAAUUAGUAAAGGCCUUGGUUUGAAUGAAGAGGUUCAGCCGAGCAUGAGUUCGAAGACUAAGUUCAGUGAUGUCAAGGGAGUUGACGAGGCUAAAGCUGAACUUGAGGAAAUUGUUCACUACCUACGAGAUCCCAAACGUUUUACACGCCUUGGUGGAAAGCUUCCUAAAGGUGUUUUGCUGGUGGGGCCACCUGGAACGGGAAAAACCAUGUUGGCAAGGGCUAUAGCUGGGGAAGCUGGUGUUCCUUUCUUCUCAUGCAGCGGUAGUGAAUUUGAGGAGAUGUUUGUGGGUGUUGGGGCUCGAAGGGUGAGGGACCUGUUCAAUGCAGCAAAGAAGCGAUCCCCUUGUAUAAUAUUCAUCGAUGAAAUUGACGCGAUUGGUGGGAGCAGAAAUCCCAAGGAUCAACAGUAUAUGAAGAUGACCUUGAAUCAGCUGCUUGUUGAGUUGGAUGGCUUUAAGCAGAAUGAUGGGAUAAUUGUAAUUGCAGCAACUAACUUCCCUCAGUCACUGGAUAAAGCACUUGUUAGGCCUGGGCGCUUCGAUCGUCACAUUGUGGUUCCUAAUCCAGAUGUUGAGGGCCGACGACAGAUCCUGGAUACUCAUAUGUCAAAGGUCUUAAAAGCAGAUGAUGUGGAUCUGAUGAUCAUUGCAAGGGGAACACCUGGUUUCUCAGGCGCAGACCUUGCAAACUUGGUCAACGUAGCUGCUCUGAAGGCCGCUAUGGAUGGGGCAAAAGCUGUCACAAUGAAGGACCUGGAGUUUGCCAAGGACAGGAUCAUGAUGGGCAGCGAGCGCAAAUCAGCUGUGAUAUCUGAUGAGUGCAGGAAAAUGACUGCGUAUCAUGAGGGAGGGCAUGCCCUUGUUGCUAUUCACACGGAUGGUGCUAACCCUGUUCACAAGGCUACAAUAGUUCCAAGGGGAAUGGCUCUUGGCAUGGUUACACAGCUGCCGGAGAAGGAUCAGCAUAGUGUUUCGAGAAAGCAGAUGCUGGCAAGAUUGGAUGUGUGCAUGGGAGGAAGGGUGGCUGAAGAGCUUAUAUUUGGGAAAAGCGAGGUAACCUCUGGUGCCUCAUCUGACCUAAAGCAAGCAACACGGCUGGCAAGAGCCAUGGUCACCAAGUAUGGUAUGAGUGAGCGGGUGGGUCUUGUUUCCUACAGUGAUGACAAUGGGAAUAGUAUGAGCGCCCAAACAAGAGGCAUGAUUGAUAAGGAGGUGAAGGACAUUCUGGAGAGGGCGUACAAUAAUGCAAAGACGAUUUUGACAACACAUGAUAGGGAGCUUCAUGCGCUAGCAAACGCCCUUCUUGAGCAUGAAACGCUCUCUGGAGCCCAGAUCAAGAAAUUACUGGCACAGGUAAACAAUAGUGGCAAUAAGCAGAAGAAGGCUGCUAAGGUGCCACAGAAGACGCCAGCAGCCCCACCUCCCCCUCAGUCACCGGCUGCAGCGGCGGCGGCGGCAGCACAAGAAGCUGCGGCAAAAGCCAAAGGAGUUGCCGGUACAGCGGCUGCAGCACAGGCAGCAGCGGCAGAGGGGGUUGCGGGUAUUGGAUCAUAGUGGCACUGGGAGGAGCACGGCUGGCAUUUUGUAGACUGACCAAAUCAGCAGGUUGUCUGGCAUAAUGUGAUGGGUGAUUAGGGCGAAGGAGGCAAUGCUAUAAGGAGGUUAGCAGCUGCUGCUGUAAGAGAGCUGCAUUCUAGUCCCAAACAGUAUGUGAUGGUGGUGGUGUUGGUGGGAGGCAGGCAACCUGAAGAAAAGUUGCCGAUAUUAUGUGUAGCAGGCCAGGGACCUGGUUGUAGAUAACUCGCGUGUUGGCAUGCGGAACCAUCUUGUCGAGCGAUUAGUAUCAUUCUGCCGCGCAGUGGAUUCUUUGCCAUGCAACCUCAUUAUCGCAUUGUUCUUUAAUACUUUGUACCUGCGGUGAUAUCGAUAAUCCUGUCCUGAUGCUUGGAUCAGGUUAUGUAGCACUAGUUGAAUUGGAAAUUGGAAUGGUAGCGGCGUUUGACCAUGGAA